AAAUCGUUUCCGGUUGUCCUCAUCAACCUUCCUUAGUAUGUUCUUUCCAAUUUCUAGUACAGUCGUUAAUUCUAAAUUUUUUGAGUCAGUAAAAUAUAAAUCUGGAAAUGUCAAAGGAAAAUAAGCCAUCCUUCUCAAAGGUCUGGGAUAUCGGUGUAUGGAAUUCGAAGGACAUUCGGUAUUACAACAGCAUAUCCCGCAUCCAAAAACAGCUUCGCCUCGGGAACUGGGAGUAUAUUUGCAAUCAUCCUGAGAUACGUGCCAUAAUUCGUGUAAUACUGCACAAUGCCAUUAAUGAAAAGCCGGAAUCGGUUAAUCUUCGAAAGUUCUUGGGUGAUUUUUUCAACUGUGAGCGCACUCGGUUGCUAGUGCCAUUGAUAAACACUCAACUAAAGUACGUUAAGGAGCAACUGAGUCGUGGACGUUGGAGCAAGUUUGAUGCGGAGGACCUGUUCAUGGAAAGUCCCUCCACUCAUUCACUCCUAUCGACAGCCUCCGAGGACAGCAAUGUUCAUCCUGUCCUCACCUAUGCGCUGGUCUUCAAGAAGCCCGAUGAGUGUGGCAUCGAAAAGCCACCUUUUUAGGGACGAGAUGGUAUUUGUGGGAAGGAUUAAUCCGAACCAAAUUAUACCAUAUUUCUAAAACUGUAUAAUUAAGUCUUAUUGAUUGAUCCUUUCAAUGAAGGCAUAAAAUUAAAUUUCAGGACCCCAAGUA